AUGGAUUUUGUUCCAGAUUGCCCUGGAUGCGUUGUAAGCGUUCACUGCAGUGGUGGUGAUUGCGCUCCUCCUGUAGCGGCUCCACCACCCCCGCCACCACCACCACCUCCGCCACCACCACCACCUCCACCACCACCUCCGCCACCACCACCACCACCGCCACCGCCAGUUGCUGUAGCACCUGUGCUAGAAUGCGGAUUGUGUAUCACGAGUGUUUGCGUUAUUAGCGGCGCAGCAUGCUAA